AUGGACGGUAACAUGGAAAUUUACCAGCAUGAGGACUUUGACUUCGACUCAAUAGUCCUUAGAAGAGCAGAUCCAGAUGACUGCGACCAAAUUAUCAACUUAGUGGAAAUCGGAAAAGACGAUGUGUUCAACAGAGUCUACUCCUACCCAAAGAUACUCAAACUCAUUGAAACUGCCUAUCUUGCCAUCACUGUACUCGAUAGAGAGGGUCACGUUGUAGCCUUUGCUGCCUUCGAAGAUCAUCCCUAGGGUAUGAGAGGUAUGUACGAUGACAGACAUUACAACUGCUGGGAGCAAUGGUUCAGAAAGGCCUUUGAAGUGCAAGAAUUCUCAACAUUCAACUCACUUUGGAUGACCUACUUCAUCGCUGGAGGAUCUAUCGGCUACAAAGACUAGAAAUUCGCCUUCAAAAAGAUCUUGCAAACAGUCUACACCUCACUUGCUGAGUCAAUCGGUAUUCUGUUCCUAAUGAGAGGUGAUGCCGAUGAAGAAGACGUUAAUUACUGCUUCGAUCCAAUCAAAGACUUCUUCCAAGAGAUCAACUGCACUCACAGGGAGGUCUUAAAGGAUGUGAGAGGAGUCCACUUCAGUUCUAGAGUAUUCUUCUCUUCAAGAGUGCUUGUGCUUCCAUUCAUCGAGAUUCGUGAUGCCAAAUAAGAAGAUCACGAUGAUCUUGCUGAUGUCUUCAACUCUCAGUCAGAGACUGUAACUGAAGCCUAUGGAGAGUACUUCAUAGCUGAGCUUAUUGCUGCUUAGAGUGAUACUAACAAGGCUCUAGUCGCCUAAGUUAAGGAUAAGGCUGUGGGUCUUAUGGGACUUACAAGUGAGGUAGAUGUAAAGUUGCUGCAUCAAUGCUUUGAACUUGACUCAUUCGAUAACUUGCUAAAACCAGAGUUCAUGAAUGCAGUAAGACAAAGAAGGGAACAUAUCUUAGAAGAGAGAAGAAAGCAAGCUGAAGAGCAAAGACUUCAAGAGCUUCAAAGACUGAAAGAAGAGACUAUGAAAUGCAAUAUCAUUGCUCAAAGAAUUUCUCUCCAGGAAUUCUUGCUUGCCAGAGAGCAAGUAAUCACUACUAAGAUCGAUGAGUAUUUGAACAAUGAUGAAGAAGCUAAGAAUCUAGACAGGAAAGCCGUUGAAGAUAUUAUGGAGUAAUGGCUUUCAGAAUUCCACCUUACUCAACCCACUGAAUACUUCUUGGAGCAUCCAACUGAUGACUACGAACUGGUAUGCAACAUUCAAAGUGAAUAAGAAUUCUUGAUGACAACACUUGAGAUCUUUGGACUUCCUGAAAGAUAUAUUGAUGGUAACGGCCAUUUCCCAGACUGGGGUCAAGAAAAGAAGGACGAUAGACUAGCUGCUGCUAGAAGAAGAGCAUUAGCAAACAAGUAAAAGACCAAGAAGACUAAUGCUGCCUUGAGUAAAUUAAAGAGAGAAAGAGGACUUGAUGUCAAGUAAGAUACUGACUAAAAGCCAACUCACUUUGAUCUCGGUCCAUUCCUUAAAGCUCUUAAGAAGUUCUUAGGGUGCAAUGGUGAAAUGAGAUCCAGAUUAAGAUCUCAACUCAGAUAAGAGAUGCAUCUCAUCAAGAAAAUCUUUGUUGAUGAAUAUGGCGAACCAUCAUUCAAGAAAUGCGUAAACAUCCAAGAGUUUGGAAAGAAGCUAAACGAAAAGGGUAUUAUGCUUGACCCAUAAGUAUCAGAAAAUAUCGGUGCCAUCUUUAUAUGCUUCGGAGAUAUCUAAUUCGAACUAAAGAUGACUUAUAGAAUGCCAGAAGAAUCCGAAGAGGAAAAGAGAGCUGCUGCUCUAAAAAAGAUCAAGGAAGAGGAGGAAAAGAAGGCUGCUGCUGAAGGAGAUACAAAAAAGAAGAAGCCCAAAGGUAAUGAUAAACCACCUGAAGAAGAGGAAAAGAAGGAAGAGUAAAAGAAGGAGCCACCCCAACCAAUAAAAGUCUGGCUUUACUAGACUUCAAUUCAUGAUUUACUCCUCAGUAUUGACAAGAUGGCUGACUACGACUAUGUUCUCAGUGAUCUUGGCAUUAUGAGAGCAGAUUUAACUGAUGAGAAAAUUAAGCUGGCUGGAAAAUUAGAGGGUAACCAAAGGUAAACUUUAUAAGCAAGAGGAAUAGGAUCUCAAAUGAGUUAGAUGAAUCAAUCAGUUAUCAACCUUCACAAUGGAGUCUACAGCGAUGAUCAAUUUUACAAUGAUAUUGUUACCAACCUUGAAGACCUCGAGACUAUUCCUGAUCCCCCAGAAAAAGCCAAAAAUGCUUUUGCUAUCACUCUAUUUUGUAUGGAAGCAGCUUUUGAUUCAAGAUCUAAGGAUUUCCUUAAAUAUGCCUUUGAUAGAUUCCCAGAUAGAGAUUACUUGAUUGUUACUCAGCCACACACAGUUGCUGAAAACUCACUUCUGCAAAAAUUCACAUUGGUUCAAAAGAAAUCUGAAAAUACAUUCUCUCACGUUCUCUACAUCAUUCAUAGAGAUUCUCUUAUGGAAUAAGAUUUAUAUGUCGAGAGAUCUGUUGCUUCUGAUUUGGACAAAGUGAAGGAUUUGAUUGAAAAUCUAGAUGAUAAGAAGCAAAUCUAUGAUGCUGUUUAUGAAGCUACUCUGAAUCCAGAUUCUCCAUAUCUCUCUUUCGUUACCAGAAUUGAUGAUGAAGUGGUGGGAAUAUUUGUACUAGCAAAGGAUAUCAAUUUAGAUUACUAUAAGUCUCACUUCCAUAUUCAAGACUCAAUCUUGUUGAAUGAGCAUGAAAGAAAAGCUCACACUAGACUAUUAUACUCAGUUAUCAAUCCAAUCUUUGAAAAAUGUACUAGAUACAUCAUUAAGGAGCUGCUCAGACUAUCUGCAAACACCUGUCUCUACUUUGAGAUCCACGAUAGAACUGUUAUUCCAAACAUUUUCCACGAGUUGAUUCAUGUCAGAUCCAGAAGAUUCCCUCAUUUCUUAGACAGAAAGUGGGAUCACGAAAGAUACACCCCAGAUGAAGGUCAAGAAGAAGACAAGGACAAGACUAUUAAAGCAGAUGGACAUGAUAGAGACCCACAAGAUGAGGUUGAGAGUCCCUUCGCCCUCUGUUUCACCACCAAGAGACUUCUAAGUGAACCAAAGAUUGUAAAGAACUCCAGAAUCGUAGUCGUAGGUGCAAGUGACACUGGUAUUUCUUUCAUUGAAGCUCUUUUAUCAAUCAGCUAUCUUUCAUUCUCUAACAUUGUGCUUAUUGCUCCAGGCGGACUCCCUCAUCAUCACUUUGAUGAGAAAAAAUUCAACUUAAAAGCCUAUUCCACCAGUUACACUCAUUAAGAGCUGAAGAGACUGAUGCUUGAGACUAGAGUGAGAGUCAUCAAUGCUAGAAUGGUUGAUAUUGAUAGAAGCGACAAGAACAUUAUUCUUCACGAUGAGACAAUCAUUCCAUAUGAUACUUUAGUCCUAGCAAUGGGAAUUCAAGACAAGACAUUAAACAGCCUCGGAUACGUCUCCAGAGGUAUUGCUCCACUUCCUAAGGACAAGAGGAGAGUAGAGGGAUUAUUAUCAAUUGAUGAUCCAUACCUCUAUCAGCAUUUAAGACAAGGUGGAAAUCUUAUGAAUGCACUUACCAACAGAAAGAAACCUCAAAACUGUGUUAUCUAUGGAAGAGGACUUCAGGCUUACUGCGCUAUUCAAGGCUUAGUCUAAAGAGGAAUGAGAGCAGAGCAGAUAACUCUUGUGAUCCCAGGAUAUAACUGCCAUGUUAAGGACUCUUACGAUGACGAAGAUGAAAUGAUAGCAGAUCUCCCAUUCAUUAACCCACCAGCCUUUGAUGACGAGUACAUUGAAAACAAGUUGCACAAAAUGUUAGAAGGCAAGGGCAUCAAGAUCGUUAAGAAUGCAGAGCUUCUUCAAAUCCUCGAGGAUGAGGAGAACAAUCUUGAGUUCGUGCUAUUCAAGUUGCUUGACAUCCCAGAUGAGGUUGAAGAGGAUGAUGAGCCUGAGGGUAUUGACGAGAAAUCAGAGCAUGAAUCAAGACUAGACGGCAUGAAUGGUGAUGGAGAUAUGGGCGAUGGAGACAUUGAAAGAUCUCAGCAAGAAGAGCAAGUAGUCCAAAAGAAGAAGAGAAAGAAGAAUGAGCUUGAACUUCAGUGCAGAGUCUUGAUCACUGCUGGCCACAGAGAUGUGGACAACGAUGUCUUCAAUGCCAUUCAUAACAACGGUCUUGUCUAUAAUGGCAGAUUGAUUGUUGAUAAGAACUUCUAAACUACUGAUCCCUCAAUCUUCGCAGCUGGAUCUCUUUGUGAAUUCUCAGGAAGAUACAAAGCUCUAGCUUAAGGUAGACCACUAAGAAUGGACAGAUACAAUGGUCGUGAAAUGGGUUCAAGAUUAGCCAAGAGUGUAUUUGACAUCUAUGACCCAGCUUUGAAUAACCAAGAUCCAAGCAGCAUGGAGGAUGAGUUACCAACCUUCUAUCUUCCAUAAGGUCAAGGUGGUGUCUUGCCAAAGACUUUGAUUUACUAUCACAUUAAGACUACUAACCCACUCAUUCUCAAACCAGGCAUUGUCGAGAGAAAGAAUAGAAAGGACUUAGUCUGCGACAACCUCAAGGAAGACUCCUAUAUUGGUCACUUCAUAAAGUUCACCUUCAACUCAAUCGGUUUGAUCGACUCAGUUACCUACAUGGGCAGUGAGGAGGUGAUCCUUCAAAGUCUCUGGGCAUUCGUAGGACUUCAUGAAAACUACUUGAACACUCUUACUGCUAGAUACGAGCAUGGCAUCAUUCCAAAUGUGGCAGAAUUCUUAUCAGAAAACUGGGCAAUUGCUCUUUACCACGAAUGGUUCGGCGAUUUCUGCUUGAGAAUGAGACAGUCCAUUCAGGGUCUUAAAGAUGUCUAGAUCAUCUUAGAAAAGGCCUUUAAUGGUACCAAGGAUGGCGAGGGAAUCAGCAGAGACACCUUCAAGGAACUCAAGAAGAUGCUCGACAGCAAGACUGUCAAGAUGAUCGAGGAUGAGACUCUUGAAUUCAUCAAGGUCAAUAUGAAUCAUCUUCCUAUGUACUACAUCCCAGGCGAGGAAUUCCCUUGA